AAAAUAAAACUUUUUUUUUUUGACUGAAAGAUAAAGUUUAUGGAGGUGUGAUUACUAAACGGAUAAUUAAACGAAAGGUAAAAAAGAAACAAAGAAAGAAGAGUGAAAAAGACAAAACCCUUUCCUCAAGUGUGACUGUGAGAGUGAGAGUAUCGAAAGACCUAGCUGCGUGGCUGCAACUGCAAACUGCAAUGGCUUCUCGUUAUAGAUCUCUCUCGCAACCGGCAUUUUCCCUAAUAAGAUCCACCCUCACCAAACCCAUCCCCUCAGCUUCUCUCCUCAAAACUCGUUCCCCAGUUACGCCCAGGCAAGUCAGUCCCCUUCAGGCUUCAGGGCUAAAGCCAUCUCUUUUCUUUUACCCAUUUUAAUUUCAUGUAAUGUGGUGUUGCAGGCGUGUGGCUGAGCUGGGUUGCGUGCAGUCGCUGCUUCCUCUUCACUCGGCGGUCUCAUCAGCACGCCUCACCUCCUGUCUCGGCGUCGAUUCGAGGAGGUCGAGGUCGUUGUCUCAGGAAAUGGGUCUCAGCACACCGCGAUAAGAGACUUUGAAGACUUAUUGGCAGAUUAGAGUCAUUAUAUACUUUGCUGGGAUGCUCUACUGUUAAUUAUUUUAAAGUUUUAUUGACAGUUUACUGUAACGGGUAUAUAGUUGGGAGAAUCUUUUGAUCUUCUGGUGUCUGUUGCAAUGGUUCCUAUAAAAUGUUUGAUCAUUCCAAUAUUAAUUGUUUUAAAGAUGAACCCAUGCCAACAUCCCUUGGUAUAAACAAAAAAAACAAUUGCUGAUUCA